UGUGCGUGCAUGUAGGUGUGUGUGUGUGUGUGUACGUGUGUGUAGGUGUGUGUGUGUGUGUGUGUGUGUACGUGUGUGUAGGUGUGUGUAGGUGCAUUUGUGUGUGUGUGUGUACGUGUGCGUAGGUGUGUGUAGGUGCAUUUGUGUGUGUGUGUGUACGUGUGUGUAGGUGCAUGUGUGUAUGUGUGAAGGUGUGUGUAUGUGUACGUGUGUGUGUCUGUGUUUGUGUGUGUGCGUACGUGUGUUUGUAUACGUGUAUGUAGGUGUGUGUGUGUAUACGUGUGUUUGUGUGUAUUUGUGUGUGUGUGUAUAUGUGUGUGUGUGUGUGUUAGCAUUGGGUCACAGGUGGCGUUGUGGCUUCUCUUCUAACAGGAAGUAGACUUGUGUAUCUGCUACAGGGAACACACACACACACACACCAAAUAUCAGCGUGCAUGUAACUGGACCAAAGUCAUUUUUAUUUUCUGAUUAUUGUUCAGAAUUUGAUGAAAAAAUAAAAAUCCACCACGAAGAAGGAGAACCUGUUGCUGCAUGCUUUCUAAUCUGAGCGUAAGUCUGAACGGUGCAUCAACCACUCAUCAGGGAGUUAUUGUUCCAGCAGUUUUCAUGAAACCCUUAAAAGGCUGUUCCCAGUGCUGAAGGAGGAAGGACUUUAAACGUGUGGAGUGGAAGGCAGCUCUGUUCUGAAGCUGUUGAAGCUCUUCAAGCCUCUGAUGCCAUCAAACCAAUCACAUGAACUUCCUCCUCGCUCCAUGUCACACAGACGGAGACACUUCCACAGCAGACAGCUGCGACACUUUGGCUUCAGAAAGCGUCCGUGAUGGAACACCAGCUGCUGAUUCUGCUGACUCUGGCAGCUUUGUGCAGCUGUCAAUCAGAAGAAAAGAGUAAAAGAAUAGCAGUGGAGGAGUUAGCAGAUGGGAUCAAGCUGAAAUGUGUUGAAGGCUCAGUUACAGGAAAUGAUCUGACGGGAGAGCCUGACCUAACAUUAAAGUACGACGAUAAAAACACAGGAGAAUACACAUGCUCAGACAAGGAGUCCAGAAUCUACGUGAAAUUCCGAACGUGUGAUAACUGCGUGGAGUUGGACACAGCCUCCGUAGCCGGCAUGGUGGUUGGAAACCUGGUGGCUACGAUCAUCGUAGGGGUGGCCGUCUACCUGAUCGCCACUCAGAGUCAGACCCAUCCAGUUCCCUCUACCAAGAAAAGGUCCGACAAACAGAGUCUGAUUCCUCCGGAGGCCAGCGGCAGCGCAGACCAUUACCAGAAACUGAAACCCAAACAUGCUCAGAGGAGUGAGGAAUACGACGUCCUCAGGAAGUAGAUGAGCGGCUGAUCCCACCUACCUCCUUCCAGGGGGAGUCCGCCAGGACUCAGAGCUGAUUUAGUCUUUAAUAUGUGCUUUAGCUCAGCCUUUGUCAUGCUGUACGUUCUACUGCUGGAACAACCAACUAUGGGUUGUUGUUCUUCGUGUGUUUUGUAAAACAAAACCUUUCUUGACAUUUUUGUUUCACAAUUAAAAACUUAUUAAAUA